AUGGAUAGUGAGAUGUUUCGCGGCAAUUCCAAGACUUCACAUCAUGAAGUUGGAGGGAUGUUGGGGUUAACUCAAGUUCCUACAUCCAUCACUCUGUCUGCUGAACAAUUUGAGAGGCUUUACCUGAGUCCUAUGAUGCACCGCCAGUCGGCCCUGACGAAGAACCUUGGUAAUCCGACUCCACUUGGCCUUGGAGCUUUCGUGCUCACAGCUGCACCUUUAUCGUGUUGUUUGAUGGCCUGGAGAGGCGCUGGUGGAGGAGGUGCUGCGUUCAACGCGGUUUUGAUCCUCUUCGGAGGUUUACUACUGAUUCUCUCAAGCAUGCUCGAAUUCAUUCUUGGGAACACAUUCUCCUCUGUCGUCUUCGGUCACCUAGGCGCAUUUUGUCUGGCAUUUGGUGCUAGCAUGACUCCAGCAUUCAACGCAGCAGCGCCAUACUCCCCAUCCACGACUGAUACUGUAGCGGGGCUUCAUAGCUCUGGAUACGUGAAUACUUUCGCGUUCUUCCUUGUAUUUAUGGCGGUGUUGAUGUUCAUCUACACACUCUGUGCAACACGCACGAACAUAGUGUAUGUGGUCUUAUUCGCAGACCUUGUCGUUGUUUUCGCCCUCCUGGCUGCCGCCUAUUGGAGAUUGGGACUUGAGGACGCGAAGGUUGGUGAACGUCUGACGGUGGGUGGCGGAGCUGCUCUAUUCCUAGCGAGUAUGCUUGGAUUCUACCUGUUGACGGCGCAAUUACUUGAUUCUGUUGGAUUCCCGCUCUGCUUGCCUGUUGGGGAUCUGAGUGGGGCAUGGAGUCGCCAAAAAACCCAGGGCGGCUCACGGUUCAUUGACGAUGUGAACGGCGAGGCGUAA